GCCCCGCCCCGCGCGCCGUGGCCGUUUGAAGUGACUAAUUUCUGUCAUAUGACUGAGGCGCCUAUGGGGGUGGCGGGGCAGCUCUAGGAGCGGGGGCCUGGUGAGUGCCCUGAGGAGCGACCCCGGCCUGGCUGUAGCCACCAUGGCCCCUACUCUGUUCCAGAAGCUCUUCAGCAAGAGGAACGGCCUGGGCGCGCCCGGUCGGGACGCGAGGGAUCCGGAUUGCGCGUUCAGUUGGCCUUUGCCAGAGUUUGAUCCAAGCCAGAUUCGACUGAUUGUAUAUCAAGACUGUGAAAGACGAGGGAGAAAUGUCUUGUUUGACUCCAGUGUUAAGAGAAAAAAUGAGGACAUAUCAGUAUCGAAACUCUGUAGUGAUGCUCAAGUUAAAGUGUUUGGGAAAUGCUGCCAGCUGAAACCUGGAGGAGACAGUUCUUCCUCUUUAGACAGUUCCAUGACUUCAUCUUCGGAUGUAAAAGACCAGUGUCCUAAGUAUCAGGGUUCUCGGUGCUCUUCUGAUGCCAAUAUGCUUGGAGAGAUGAUGUUUGGCUCAGUAGCAAUGAGCUACAAAGGAUCCACCUUAAAAAUUCAUCAGAUCCGUUCCCCUCCACAGCUCAUGCUCAGCAAAGUUUUUACUGCACGUACUGGCAGCAGCAUCUGUGGAAGUCUCAAUACGCUUCAAGACAGUCUUGAAUUUAUUAAUCAGGACAACAGUACAUUAAAGGCUGAUAAUAACACAGUCAUUAAUGGACUACUUGGAAAUAUAGGUCUUUCACAGUUCUGCAGCCCCAGGCGGGCAUUCUCUGAACAGGGUCCGCUCCGCCUGAUCAGGAGCGCCUCUUUCUUUGCAGUUCACAGCAACCCAAUGGACAUGCCUGGAAGAGAACUGAAUGAGGACAGAGACAGUGGCAUAGCACGCUCUGCAUCUCUCAGCAGCUUGCUUAUUACACCAUUUCCCUCUCCAAACUCCUCACUUACCCGAAGUUGUGCCAGCAGCUACCAGCGACGCUGGCGACGUAGCCAAACAACAAGUUUAGAGAAUGGGGUAUUUCCUAGAUGGUCUAUAGAAGAAAGCUUUAAUCUGUCAGAUGAAAGCUGUGGCCCUAACCCAGGAAUUGUGAGGAAAAAGAAGAUUGCAAUUGGGGUAAUCUUUGCAUUAUCCAAAGAUGAAGAUGAAAGUAACAAGUUUAAUGAAUUCUUUUUUUCACAUUUUCCUCUGUUUGAAAGCCACAUGAACAAAUUAAAGAGUGCAAUAGAACAGGCUAUGAAAAUGAGCCGGAGAUCAGCUGAUGCCAGUCAGAGGAGUUUGGCAUAUAAUCGAAUAGUUGAUGCACUAAAUGAAUUCAGAACAACAAUUUGUAAUCUUUAUACAAUGCCACGAAUUGGAGAGCCUGUCUGGCUCACAAUGAUGUCGGGGACUCCAGAAAAGAACCAGCUUUGCCAUCGAUUCAUGAAGGAGUUCACUUUUCUAAUGGAAAAUGCUUCAAAAAAUCAAUUCUUGCCAGCACUCAUUACUGCAGUUCUGACCAAUCAUCUUGCCUGGGUUCCAACAGUCAUGCCAAAUGGACAACCACCUAUAAAAAUAUUUUUAGAAAAACAUUCCUCUCAGAGUGUAGACAUGUUGGCGAAGACUCAUCCAUACAAUCCACUCUGGGCACAACUGGGAGACUUAUAUGGCGCUAUUGGCUCUCCUGUACGGUUAGCAAGGACUGUGGUAGUUGGCAAACGACAAGACAUGGUCCAGAGGCUGCUUUAUUUUCUUACUUAUUUCAUAAGAUGCUCUGAACUUCAAGAAACCCAUCUUUUAGAAAAUGGAGAAGAUGAAGCCAUUGUUAUGCCAGGCACAGUAAUUACUACCACUUUGGAGAAAGGGGAAAUCGAAGAAUCUGAGUAUGUGCUGAUCACAAUGCAUAGAAACAAAAGCAGUUUGCUCUUUAAGGAGUCAGAAGAGACAAGGACUCCUAAUUGUAACUGUAAAUAUUGCAGUCAUCCACUCCUUGGGCAGCAUACGGAGAAUGUUUCACGACAAGAGAGAGAAGAUAUUCAGAACAGCUCUAAGGAGCUGCUUGGAAUUUCAAAUGAGUGCCAAAUGAUCUCUCCUAACUGCCAAGAAGAAAAUGCUCCUGAUGUUAAACAAUACAGAGAUAAGUCAAGAACUUGCCUUGAUACUAAGUUAGAAACAGUUGUUUGCACAGGAUCUGCUCCAGUAGACAGAUGUGCAUUGUCGAAGUCAGGCCUAGACCCAGCAGAGGAAACAUGGCAGAACGAGGAGUUGCUAGAUUCAGGUAAUCACACAGGUAAAGUGUUGAGAUCUGCAGGAAUGGUUGUGGAAAAAAAACCUCCAGAUAAGCUUGUGACAGCUGCAUUUUCUUGUGAGGCAACCCAGACAAAGGUUACUUUCUUGAUUGGUGAUUCUAUGUCACCUGACUCAGAUACUGAACUCCGGAGUCAGGCAGUAGUGGAUCAGAUUACCAGGCAUCACACCAAAUCACCGAAAGAGGAAAGAGGGGCUGUUGAUCAGCAUCAAGAAAGUAAACAAACAACUAAAUCUGAAGAGUCUGAUAUACCGAACAUAGUAUCUGGAGAACCCUGUGAACUUCCUUGCUGGAAUCAUUCAGACCUAGAAAGCAUGAGUUUAUUUGAUGAAUAUUUUAAUGAUGAUUCAAUUGAAACCAGGACUAUUGAUGAUAUUCCACUUAAAACAAGUACAGACAGUAAACAACACUGCUGUAUGUUAGAGUUUUCAAAAAGAUUGUGUACAAAUAAUAGCAAACCAAACAAUGAAUUUUGCAAAUGUGUAGGAACAGUUCACCAAGAUUCAUGUAAAACCUGUUUUCCUCAACAAGACCAAAGAGAUACACUCUCCAUUCUUGUCCUCCAUGGGGAUAAAGAGAGUUCAGAGAAAAAAAUUGCUGUGGGAGCUGAAUGGGACAUUCCAAGAAAUGAAAGUUCAGAUAGUGCCCUUGGGGACAGUGAAAGUGAAGAUACAGGUCAAGAUGUGGCCAGACAAGGAAACAGUUAUUAUGGCGGAGAGCAGGAGGAUUGGGCAGAAGAAGAUGAGAUACCUUUUCCUGGAUCGAAGUUAAUUGAAGUGAGUGCUGUUCAGCCCAACAUCGCCAACUUUGGGAGAUCCUUGCUAGGUGGCUAUUGCUCUUCUUACGUCCCUGACUUUGUUCUUCAAGGAAUUGGGAAUGAUGAGAGGCUCCGUCAGUGUCUGGUGUCAGAUUUGUCUCAUGCGGUGCAGCAUCCAGUAUUGGAUGAACCAAUAGCAGAAGCUGUCUGUAUUAUAGCAGAUAUGGAUAAAUGGACUGUUCAAGUGGCCAGUAGCCAGAGACGAAUGACAGAUAAUAAACUGGGAAAGGAAGUGUUGGUUUCCAGUCUUGUUUCCAAUCUGCUUCAUUCCACUCUUCAGCUUUAUAAACAUAACCUGUCUCCGAAUUUUUGUGUAAUGCAUCUUGAAGACCGGUUACAGGAGCUGUACUUCAAGAGCAAAAUGCUGUCUGAGUACCUGAGGGGGCAGAUGCGUGUUCAUGUCAAGGAACUGGGAGUGGUUCUAGGGAUUGAAUCCAGUGAUCUUCCUCUCUUGGCUGCUGUAGCAAGCACUCACUCCCCGUAUGUUGCUCAGAUACUACUUUAACAUAAAGGCUGUUGGAAAUUAACUUCAGUGAAAAGUUAAGUAGAAACCAAGGAAGCAGUCACAACAUGCAUUUAUGGCAAUUUUUUUUCUCUGUCAGACUUUCAUCUGAAUGAAUCAGUCACCUUGGUAUUCUGCAUUGCAGUGCAUAUCAUGUCACCAUUGGAUGACUUUUUCAUUUUGAUUGGACUUUUGGAUGGUGGUAGAUUUUUAACCAAGUGAAACUAAAAAAGCAUUUGGGGGAAAAGCAUUUGAAGAAGCCACAUUGUAACUUAGAAGUUUCUAUAAAAUGAGUAACAUUGAAGAAUUUGAUUAUGAUCACUACAGUCUUGCCAGAGCUCAUAAGUAACAACAGAUAACUCACUAAAUGGCCCGGAAGUAGUCAUUUCAGUCGUUUUCUUUGUUUCUAAGGUACAGAGAUCUGUAAAGUUGUGUUUGUUUUUUGUUUGUUUGUUUUUCAAUUCAAAAUAGCUAAUUUCUAAGUAUUUCUCAAAGUAUUUUAAACAACUUUUAAUUAAAAUAAACUCAGAAUAAAGUGUAUAAAUUUGUGUUAUGUUAUCCACCCAAGUGUACAUAUGUAUCUAUUUUUUAAAAAGCCAGAGGUAGAAGUCCAAGAUUGGUAAACAUGCCUUUUUAAAGAUAUAUUUUCAACUAGUAGUAAUUGUAUAUAGUGUUGAAAUAUUACUUUCUGGUGAUUUUUCUGUUUCACACACCCUAAAAUAUAAAUAAAGCCAAUCUCUUUUUAAGGUUGAGGAAUGUAGAUUCCCAAAAUAAGAAUACUACUUUAUACGAUUUGUUUUUUUUUAAGUAUAAGCUAAUUCUUAUAAAUGUUAAUAUUUACAUAUUUGCAUCUAAUUUAAUAAAUUGAAAUUGGGAUUAAAAAUCACACCAAAGCAUUGGCAGAAAUAAUACUAUUUUCUUUAAAAGUGCUCAGGUAGCCGAGGCCCUUGGUUUUCGGUAUCAAGCCCUUCUUUGAACCCAUAGGAACUGAAUAUUUGUUUCACUGCUUCAUAAUAUUCAAUUUACACUAACAAACUCAUUAAUUCUUAAAAUUUUAUUUUCUCUAAUAGUUCCUCCCUUCCAAUAGCUAAUUUUUUUCAAAGAUUUCAACUUUUCAGUUGUAACUGUUUUUGUAUAUACUGGGGAGGGUUGUUUGUGAGAAAGGCUAAUAUGGAACCAAACUCUUGUAAGUAAUGUAAAUAGAAAGAUGGGUAGAUAAAGUUUUCAAUAUGCUCUACUACCUCAGUUUACUUGAAAUACUACAUUAUAUUAAUAGUUUAUCCUUUACUUAUCUGGUCUCUAAGAUGUUCUUAAUGUAAGAAGUGAAACUGGUUUCUGCUUUCAUGAACUAUUUUCAUCAUAAUUAGCUGAUUAGCUUAAAACUGAAAACCACUUGCUUAUUGUUACUAAGUAUCUUUUGUAUAAUGCAUCCAUUCUUGCUAUUUAAAUUUUCAGUAAUUAAGGAAAUUUCUGUGGUUUAUUUAGUUUUUGACCUCAAAUUUAUAGCAUUGGGUCACAUUUUACCUUGUUCUAAUCUCCAGCUAGACUGAGAUGAAAUGGUUAUUUUAAUGGAAUGUAAACCUGAAGUUGGUGUGCCUGCAGGCAGUUUGGCCCCUGAUCCUAUCAGCUGGUUUAGUUCCUGAGUCUCCCAUGGGCGAUUUGCUGUCAAAGAGUGUUCGUGAAUAUAUUUUCAUUGGCAUAGUUUUUUUUUAGUCUAUUCAUUAAAGAAAUUCUCUGAUCUGUUGUUUGGAAUUUUAUGAAUCAGUCUCUUUAUCUGAAUUCAGAAUAUGGAAAAGAUCGUAUGUGGGCCACUUACAUUUUUUCUCAUUAUAGUUCAGGAUACAUAGCAGGUAGACAAUGUCUGUUUUUGUGUCUUAUUUUUAAAAUUAAUCAUCAAAUUAUUCACAGUCCUAUCAGAAAUCUGUAAUAAAUUAGCAUUUUGGAAAUCUGGUUUUCAACAAAUGGAUGGCUCAUGCUACUGUAAUUCUUUAAGCUUUGUUUGGAAGGAAAAGCACUAUGGUUUCUUAUAGAAUCAUUAAUCCCUACAGGAUUCCUGAGUUUUAUAAUUUACCAUCCUAUAAUUUUUGCUGUUUGUUAUAGUUAUUCUUUUAUUACAGAAAACCCAAGGAAUGAACUGCUACUUCUUUGAAGUAUGGUCAUUAUGAUGAAUGUGAAAAGAAUUUUGACUUUUCAAAACAAUUUUUCAACUUCUUAUGGUACAGACAGAUAUGUAUUACACAUUUUAAAAACCUGUAUGUUGCAGCAGGAAAUGAAAAAGGAAUCUUUUACAUUAUAGAUUUAAAACUAAUUUUUCCUGUAUAUAAACUAAUUGUUUUGAUUUUAAAUAUUCCUGGCUUUUAUUAAUGUGUCUUAAUUUUGAGUUUGAAAAUGUUAAGUGCAAUAAACAUACUAGCACAGAUUUCAUUUUGUUGAAAUUGGCAUACACUGGGGAUGAUCACUUUAACAAAAACAGAUUUUAUACAAUGCCUACUUCUGCUAGAUGUCUUAUGAGAUUGUUUUGCUUUCUCUAAGUUAUUUAGAUGGUGGGAGAUGUAAAAUGUAAAUACAUGUUCCUUGUUCUGUAUACAUUUCUCAAAUGUACACCUGUAUUAUAAUAACCUCCCAGUUCUAGGGGAUAUUUGUGCAAUAAAUACACAUGUCAAUUUGAUGGA